AUGCAUAAUACGGACUUAUCCAAUACUAAAGAAGAGGUACUUCAGCAUUCUUUGAUACUUGAAAGUUGUGCACACUUGUCUUCCAUCACCUUUUUAACUUCAAAGGAUGAAGAAAAGUUCGACAUCUGUAAACGCAUUCGAUUUGAGGUUUUUGUACAAGAGCAAGGGUUUAAAGCAGAAGAUGAAUUUGACGACCAUUCAAUUCCAGUAGGCACCUUACGUUUCACAACACAACCAAAGAUCAAAUUAUCCAGAAUUGCAAUCUUGAAGUCUUAUAGAGGCAAAGGUUUAGGUUCAAAAUUUAUAAAGUUGAUGGAAGAUCAUUUUUUAAAAUCAGAUUCAAAUCAAUUCAAAAUUUCAUUACAUUCACAAGUCCGAGCAAUCAAAUUUUAUGAGAAACUUGAUUUUGUUGCUUUUGGUGAAACUUUCUUGGUCCUUCAAGUUUUGUUGAAGAAAAAUUCAAACUUCAUGGGAUAUAUUGAUGUCAAAGCCCUGAGAUGGCAUAAACAGAAGAUGAAGUACAUGUUACAUUCCAUACAUGAGGACAACAGUUCUCAACAAUAG